CUUAUGACUAUUUAAACCCUUUUUCUCAAUAACUCAAAAUAAGGAAGCAAUUGCCUAUUUCAUUUUGAAUUGUCACCUGUUUUCCUUCGAACCUUAUCAUGUUCAAGCCAAAACGAUCAACAUUGCUCCCUCCAACAAUACCAUCCGCCAACGGCAAAAUAAGCAUUCAAAAUUUUGUAUCUUUGCUGCCUCAGGAAAUAGUAGGCAUUAUCUUUUCGCAUUUGCCCUUCGAUGAAUUGCUCCGUCAUUGCCCUGAGGUAUCCAAAACCUGGCACAAUUUUAUUAUGAACUGGGGCCCGUUGUGGAAAGAACCCCACUACCUUACAAAUCCUCCUCCCCACUAUUUCAGGUACAUGCUUUCCGCAAAUUUACGAUGCCUUUCUGUUUUCCGCGUGGGUGGCUAUCUCAAUGAGGAGAAGAUGGUUAAACUCCUCCAAAUGCUUGUCGACAAGAAAUGCGAAAAUAUCCGGAAACUGGAGCUAUACUAUUGUCGAUUCCCAUCUUCUGUCUUCCUUCGAACGCUCGGUUAUAUUGGCAACCAGAUGACGCACUUGCGGUUGGAUGAAUGCGAGAUAGACCUGGAAACCAUGUCCCAAGUGAUCCAAUACACCCAAAAUACCUUAAUAGAGUUAUCGAUUCUCAAUGGCGAAUCCAGCAAUUCAUGGACUCAACCUUGGAUACUCCCUUCGACAUUCCCAUCGAAACUCAAACUUCGCUCAAUAUCUCUAACUAUGCCACGCUUGCACCGUCCCAUUGCUGCAACAAUUUACGGAUUAUUGAUCGCCGCAUGUCCCGAUCUUCGACAUAUUUAUUUAUUCCAUCGCGACAAUGACGCCUCAGGUCUCUUUCGAAUACUCAGAGCACAUUGCCCGCUUUUAGAAAGCAUUUGCGUCGAUGCGACCCUCUUUAUGGACGAAGUUAACCCAUUUUACGACAACCCUCAAAUGCAAAAGGAAACAACGCGAGGGAGAUUACGUGAGUUUGCGAUAAAAUGCUUGAAGGAAACGCCGGAUGAAUAUAUCGAAGCUGCACUUGAUAAUCAACAAGAAACACUACGAAUCCUCAGAUUGGAAGAAUUGCCGGAACCCUGUAGAAUUCCCAGUUUUGUGAGCCAACAUGCAUGGCCCCAAUUACGAGAAGUAUCGCUGAAAGAUUCUCCGGAAUUUGAGGAAGACCAUCUGUGUGCCUUUUUCGAAAAAGCCCCCUUGCUAGAAGUCAUUAAUCUGUCACGUGUAGGACGUACGACUGAUCGCGUACUGGAAGUGAUGAGCAAAUUGAAGCAUUUGGAGGGGGUCGAUGUUUCACAUACCUCGGUCACAGGCGUUGGCGUGCGUAUGCUGCUGGAACAAUGCCGGACAUUGAUAUGGUUGGGAGUGAAUGGUUGCUAUUCGAUAGAACCCGACGUCAUUCGAUACGCCCAAGAUCUUCUCGGGCAAUGCCAAGUAUACGAUUCUGAUUAUGAUUUAUAUUAGAAAGGGCCACAUCGAGAUCUUCACAAUCCCCAAUUAUAUUGUACUAGUGUUUAUAUGGAACUGCCUUGGACUUAACAUUUUACAGUAAAUAAAAAUCGUAACGAGCUUUUACUACAAUGGGGAUGUCCGUGGAAACAGAAUGCACUCAAAUUGAUUUAUUUGUCAUGAGAUUGCCGUGAAUAGCUGCUUCUCUUGUGCGAGGUUCUCAAACGGUCGAUACAUUUUGCAAUAAAGCACCGAAUACUGUG